AUGACAAUAGGCAGUUGGUACUGUACAUGGGAGCUUCGCUGUGCUCGUCAUGCCUAUAGUACGCUUGACCCUGACGCUACGGCCGACGACCUCGACCGCCCCCUCAUCACUCGCCACCCAUCAUCCAGCAUCGACAUCUACCCAUCAUCCAUCGUCCACCCAUCCACAUCCAUCCAACCAUCAUCCAUCCAACCAUCAUCCAUCUUCCCCCAUCCGCCAUCUACCGUCCACCGUCCACCGUCGUCGUUUUCGUCGUCCGUCACCCGCCCCUCAGCCUCGAGCCUCCCUCCGAGCACCUGGAGCUCUCGUCUCGUCGAGCGGAAGCGGACACCAUGGCGACUCAGCCGUCGGCCGACGAGGGCGUCGACCUCAGCGUGCGUGGAAGCUGCCCCCCUCCGCCGCGCCGCGCCGACGUCUGACGGGCAAAAGAACCUCUCCUUUGUCCUCGACGAGCCGCUGCGCGUGUCCUUUGCGGACCGGCCCCGACCGAGGCUCGAGUCCCCACACGACGUCCUCGUCGCCGUCGCCUACACGGGCAUCUGCGGCUCCGACGUCCACUACUGGCGGCACGGCGCCAUCGGCCACUUCGUCGUCGAGAAGCCCAUGGUCCUCGGCCACGAGUCGGCCGGCGUCGUCGUCGAGACGGGCGCCGCCGUCACGAGCCUCCGCCGGGGAGACCGCGUCGCCCUCGAGCCGGGCCAUCCGUGCCGCCGCUGCUCCGACUGCCGUGCGGGCCGCUACAACCUCUGCCCGGGCAUGGUCUUCGCCGCCACGCCCCCCCACGACGGCACCCUCACCGGCCUGUGGGCCUCGCCCGCUGACUUUUGCUACCCGCUGCCCGCCAACGUCUCGCUGCGGGAGGGCGCCCUCGUCGAGCCGCUGGCCGUCGCCGUGCACAUGGUGAAGCAGGCCGCCGUCCGCCCGGGCCAGUCCCUCGUCGUCAUGGGCGCCGGCCCCGUCGUCAGCGUCGACAUUGACCCCUCGAGGCUCGACUUCGCCGCCGACUUCGCCGCCACCCACACCUACCUCUCCGAACCGCGAGCGCCCGAGGCCAACGCCGAGGCCAUCCGCGACCGAGCCGGCCUGCCCCGGGGCGCCGACGCCGUCAUCGACGCGAGCGGCGCCGAGCAGUCGAUCCAGGUUGGCCAGCACGUCGUCCGCCCCGGCGGCACCUACAUCCAGGGCGGCAUGGGCAAGUCGGACGUCACCUUUCCCAUCAUGGCCAUGUGCCUGAAGGAGGUGACGGUCAAGGGAUCCUUUCGGUACGGGCCCGGCGACUACGACCUUGCCGUCGAGCUCAUUGCCGCCGGCCAGGUCGACGUCAAGUCCCUCAUCUCGGACGUUGUGCCCUUUACGCGCGCCGAGGACGCCUUCGAGAGGGUCAAGGCCGGCGGCGUCAUCAAGCUUCUCAUAGCCGGGCCCAACGCCGACGCGCCCAUCUUCGCCGAGGACCUCGGAGACGGCGCCCGUUGA